AUGAUGACUGAGCUCCAAGUAGGCUUGAGAAGCCUUCACGGGGACGUCGGACUGUCUUCAAUGACCGAUAACUGCUCUCUUUUGGCUGAAAAGCCCCAGGAGGCUCCACGGUCAGAUGAGAAUGCACAAGUACCCAAUGUUGAGCCCAAGAGAGACACAGAAGAUGAUUUCCACACUGGAGAUAACUAUACGAAAGAGGGGACUGUGGCAUUUGCUGAUGAUCUUGCAACAGAGAACCUGCAUGAUUUGUAUGAAAAGAAGUUGGAGUCUCUUGAGGAGAAAUAUACCGGAAGCCGGUCACAACUCUCACCAAAGCUGGUAAACAAUAUUGUCGAUCUUGUUAGAAUUCUUGAGAAAAGAAUUGGGCGUUUGGAGAACGAUGAGCCAGCUGAAGUCAAUGAACACAACGACACUGAUAUGAUAUCUGGCCAUGCAACACAAGCACAAGACCAGGUAUCAGAAGUCGCGCCAAAGAACAAACCCCUGGAAGUCAAAUUCUUUCCUUCGGCAACCGAGUUUGAUCAGCAGGGUAAAUACGCACCUGAUACAAGCAGGCCAGGCACUUUCGGCUGCGUUACGGAUUCUCAGCAUUUCAUCCGCGCCCUUUUCAGCUGGAGAGAUGGGCCAGAUUCUCAGCCUCUAGUGAAUGAUGAGCCUGACCCUGCCAAUGCCAAUCUCAUCGCUCUACGUAUUGAGUCCGCGCAUAUUUCAGACUUCCUGAAAGCAAGUGGAGGCCUAUCCACAAACCUACAUCCAUCACUGCGCAUGAUGAAGCCUUUUAGACCACUUUUGCAAAACUACCACGCAAUAAGGGAACACUUAUCCAAGCUUGAACUGCGAUACGACGGACAAGAUCCUGAAUCGCACACCGAUCAAGCUACAGACUCUGCUCAGCCUACGGAUGACUUAACCCUCAUCGAAGAGCCAGGUUAUGAGAAGAUUGAAGCCCUGGGACACUUCAGAGUUCUAGUGUCAUUCGUCGACAAGUAUUUGCAUAAGCAGGUCAACCAGCUUGAGCGUAUCAAGCUCGGAAAAUGGGACAAAAUAUCUUUUGACGACCUCUGGAUGCUCUUUGCUCCAGGUUCAACUAUAUACUGUCCUUUCCGCGAUAUCAAAAAGAUCGGGGAGUAUACAACCCAGCCGCAGUAUGUGCCGCAAGCGUUUCGCGUCGUCGGGGUUCUUGGUGGUGUUCCCUCAAUCUCGCCCGUUACGCCCACUUCAGAGGAAGCGAGAAACAUGACAAACGACAUCAGGGUACUAGAUGGGCUUGAUAAAUUCCAGGACGCACUUCGAGCCACUGGCCUAGCGUCCAGGCGUAUAAACAGCUUGUUUUCACCGCUCCAUGUCAUAUGUAUCAAUAUCGACUUUGAUGGCAUCAAGUAUGGUGUAGUAGAGAAUAUUCUUCUCUUCAAGCCGUUUCAUGGCCAGGUGGACAUUCAAAGCUUGGAGGCAUAUCCAGUGCAGUUCAGGAGAGUGAGCCAAGCAGGAGAAGAUCCGAUUGCUGGGCUUUUACGAAGAGGUGAAAAGUUCAUCGAUGCCACCUUGGUGUCGCAUAUGUCCUACGAGGGUCUAACAGUGGGCAAGAGUCGUGAAGAGGUUGAGAGCGAUGUUAUCGUCGACUUCAAACUAGCAUACACCGAGAAGCAUGAAUUUUCUUCCGAGCCCUAUGUUGUCGCCCCUAAGUUUCACAGCCUUCAAGAUCUCUGGCCUGCGUCGGCGGAAGACGAUAAAAUCGAACUGGCUACGAACGGUUGCGGAUUUCCUGGAUGCACUCUUAGUAGCUGCGGCAACGACGCCUAUCCACCCUCGCAGAAGACGCUAGCCAUGAAGAUGAAGGUUGAGAUUGAACAGCUCCUAGAAGAUUACGAACCUGGAGAUCUCGAUAGCGAGGAUAAUCUCAGACUCUUCAAAGAGAAUAUGAGAGCUGACGGGCUUCUUCAUCUUCUGCCUGGAGCAGUGCCUGGAUUCGCUCUUAGAAAUAAGACAUGGGUGCUUCUUGAUUUGGACUUACUCAGGGAACCUGAGGAAGUUGAUGACUGGGACCAGCUUGUACUUCCAAAGGGUCAUCGGAAGAUGGUGCAAGCAAUGGUCGAGACGUAUGCUAAAGGCUCACAUAAUGGAUCAUCAGCUACAGAUAGUCGGUAUACUGAUGCAGGAAUGGAUAUAGUAAGGGGCAAAGGCAAAGGAUGCAUCAUCCUUCUCCAUGGUGUACCUGGAGUGGGCAAGACUUCUACAGCAGAAUGCGUGGCAACUUAUACUGGACGUCCGCUCUACCCAAUCACCUGCGGGGAUAUUGGUUAUGCACCCGAAAGAGUAGAGGAAAACAUGGAGAAACAUUUCCGAUUGGCCCACAGAUGGGGCUGUGUGCUACUGCUCGACGAAGCUGAUGUGUUUUUGGCUAAGCGCAGUAAAGCCGACGUGAAACGAAAUGGUCUGGUGUCUGUAUUCCUCCGCAUUAUGGAGUAUUACUCUGGCAUCUUGUUUCUCACGACCAAUCGUGUCGGGGCUAUUGAUGACGCUUUCAGGUCUCGACUACAUCUAACUCUCUACUACCCCAAGCUCAGCAAGAAACAGACCAAGACUAUCUGGAAGAACAAUAUCGAGCGCCUGCAUGGAAUCAACAAAAAGCGUCAGAGCGAGCAAGCUCCGAUCAUCGAGUUUGACAGCAGGAAGAUGCUUAAAUGGGUAGACCUAAACUGGGAAAUACUCCAGUGGAACGGACGCCAGAUCAGAAAUGCAUUCCAGACAGCGCUCGCCCUGGCGGAGUUCGAAGCGAAGCAUUCUCGCGACCCGGAUGCGGAGCGCACCCUAGAAACGAAGCACUUCUGCAUGAUUGCUGAUGCAACAACGCAAUUCAACGAGUAUCUUCUCGCCACGCAUGGCUUUGACGAAGAUGAGACUGCCAGACGUGAAAAGAUCCGGAGCAACGGCUUCAAUGACACUCCGAUGGCAAGAGUCAAGGACCUAUCAGAAUCUGACGACAACGAGAGCGAGGAGCCCCCGUCUGAGGAUAGCGACGAUAGUGAUUCUAAAAAGAGAAAAAGAAGAAAGGCCAAGGGGAAGAAGACGAGUAAGCGUGAGGGAAAGGAGGCGAAAUCGACAAAACGGGAUAAAAAGGCCUCCAAGAAACAGUCUGAGCCUGAGUCAGAGUCGGAGUCGGAGGAUGAGGAAGUUGGAGACACAGAAUCUAAAAAGACAGUAGCUACCAAGAAGUGA